CACCACCGUGGUACCUUCAUCACAGCCGCCACCACUAGCACCAGUGUACGCGCGCAAAACGCACGCACAAACGCGCUAGUCAUAUCAGUGUGUUGUUUGAUGUAUACGCGUCCAAGAGCUACGACAUCGCGUUGCCGCCUAUAGGUUCACGCACACUCACUGAACGUACCGAGAGUUACACGUGCCCACCGCCACCGCCACCGGAAAACAGAGAGAGGACCGCGGAACGCUACGGCCGCCACCGCCACCGCUGUUGCCGUCAUUCAGUUCGUAGGCUGUUGACUGUAGUUUGUUCGUCGCUUUCCCGUACAAUUUCAAAAAGCGCUAUUCAAAUCCUAAUAAAUAGUAAUAGUUAAUUUAGCGAAUGUUCUAUACUUGAGCGUAGGUCGGUAAUUAGAAUGCAAUAACAUUAGAAAUAUUUUAUCCGAUCGCGGCCGAGUGCAAAAUUCAUAAAUAUUGCGGCUUUAUUUUUUCGGUAAAAAAAAAAAACAAGAAACAUUUAUUAAGCGGUACUUGCUGAUCCGUUUCUAUAUGGAAUGAGCGCCUCAUUAUGGCACAACUAUGGGACAAAGCGCAAAAACAAUGGAUUAAGAAUUUCUGGUUAAACUUAAAGACUUCGGCGAUCAAAGACGACGACAAGGAUAACGUUUUGGGGCAUGUCUCCGAAAUGGUAGAGCUGAUCAAUGGGGAAAUGCCAAUAUUGAAUGCUACCGGUGGAUCAGCUGAUUUGGCUCGUGUGGGUAUCGACUGUACGAUCAGUCCAUUAAAAUCGUCGUCCACGGCGACCACAAAUUUAGUUCAUCAUCAUCAACAACAACAGCAACAGCAUUUGCUCCGUCAACAACAACAACAACAACAAGAAGCUUCGGUUAAACGCGUCGUUUGUAGUCCAGACCUCCCGGUGUUUACCAUCACUCCUGUGGUUGAGGAAGCGGUGAUCGACUCGUCCACAGCGGUGACUGUUGUGGCGUCUUCGACUGGUUCCAAAAUGACUCCCAUCGCUGCCGACUGUAAGGGAGCUGCGUCCGCUACGGCUGUGGCUACGUCGUCAUUGCAGUGUAACGUGUGUCAUAAAGUUUUCGCUCAAAAAAACGCGUUCCAGAACCACCUACGAUCUCAUCUCAAGGACGCCGCUGCUGCCGAUGGUCCGUUCCAGUGUAAUUACUGUAGUAAGUCAUUCUCGGUGCCGGCUCGGCUCACUCGCCACUACCGGACACACACGGGAGAAAAACCGUACAAAUGCGAGUAUUGCGACAAACCGUUCUCUGUCAAGGAGAAUCUCAGCGUCCACAGGCGCAUACACACUAAAGAACGGCCGUAUAAAUGUGACGUUUGUGAUCGUGCGUUCGAGCACAGCGGCAAACUACAUCGGCAUAUGCGCAUACAUACGGGCGAGCGGCCGCACAAGUGUUCGUUCUGUGACAAGACGUUCAUUCAGAGCGGUCAGCUGGUCAUACACAUCCGAACACACACGGGCGAAAAACCUUACGUGUGCAAAACAUGCGACAAAGGGUUCACGUGCUCUAAACAGCUCAAAGUACAUACACGCACUCACACGGGAGAGAAACCAUACUCGUGCGACAUUUGCGGUAAGUCAUUUGGUUAUAACCACGUGCUCAAGCUACAUCAAGUGUCCCACUACGGUGAAAAAGUGUACAAAUGCACCAUUUGCAACGACACGUUCACAUCCAAAAAGACCAUGGAGAAUCACAUCAAGAGCCACUCGGAAAAUGGAGCCUCUAACGGUAACGGCAACAGCGCUCAGACAACAGCUGGUAGUCCGGACACUCCUCGAGCCAGCAGUCCGGGCACAGGCGAGACCUCAUCUUCGUACGGCGGUAGUGACAAAGAGAACUGCAAGUCCUCUUUGGUUGACGACGUCGACGGCGCCGGUGAAGUCGUGGGGGAGCCUUUGCAGCAAUUGCGUUCAGUCGAUUCGCCUCCGGGGUCUGUCGGCAGCACCGGUUCCUCUGCUAUCAUCGAGCUCGAGAACGCUGUGCGACCAUCUUCGUCGGCCGGUUAUGACGACGACGAAGACGAUCGACAUUCUCUCGGCCGUCAUCGUCUACAACCCCAACGGCAUCAACAACAACAGCAACAAAAACUCCAUCACCUCAACCAGGACACCUAUCAACAACAGCAGCAGCAGCAUCGGAAACGGCGUCGCAAUCAAGAAGACCACGGCGAAGACGUACCGGUCUCGGCCGAUACCCGAUUGACGGCGUUGUGUCAGUACUUGUACCCGCGACUUACACGUCCGGAUGGCACGCCCGCCGCCGUCGACUACGGUAGAGCAGCCGAUUACAAUGACCAACUGAGUCCGGCGAGCAGCACGUGUUCGAUGACACUGACCAUGGACGAAUCUUCACCGCAGUCUCUGCCGUCACCUCCGCCUGCCAUUCAGCUGACAGAAUUUCGCGAAAUCGCACUGGCCAACGCGCAUCAACAACACCAGCAACAACAGCACGUCGUAGGGCGUGCCGACUAUCGUCUCGAAUUUGACCGUCUGGUGUCUGCCGACAACCACGUUCGGUAUCCGGACGCCGGCGAUUCGUCGCCUCCGCCUGCACUCGCCAUUUCCAUGGCCACCGAAGACCGUGGACAAUUAAGUCUACCUCCCCGGAAACGGUCCAAGAUGAUUCUCAAAUACAUGGAAACGGCGAAAAAAGAGGCGCAGUGCAGCAGAUACAGUUCGGUCAUACAAUACGCCAACAAAACCUCUAUGUAACUGAAUACCUCAUUUUUGUGUAUGCACACAGACGUACGUGUAUGUACAUAAAUAACAUUUAUACUUGUGUAUAUUUUGUUUUUUUCUUUUCUUUUACAACUUUUAAAAUCUUUAAGCGUCUAAAUAGUCAAAAGUAUAAUGAUUGAGUAGAUCAUAUUUACAUCUGUAUUUUAAUAUUUAUUUGUUGUUUUAAAGAAUAUUUAUAUAUUUAUAUUUUUUUUUAUCUGUGAUAAACAAAACAAAAAUUUACUCAAACAUCAUUUUUUCACGUUUAUCUUACUGACCGGGAAAAAUGAACUUAUUUUUUAUUAAUGCUUCUCAAGUUUUUCGCAGGAACAGAAGGAAAUAGGGUGUAUCUUGUUUUUGUUUGUGUUGUGGUGUAGGUUUUAUGACCUAUUGUAAUGUACUAGUAAAAUAUUGUCUUCAUGAAUAGAUAAAAUAAUAAAUCAGAAUUAUUAAUUGUAAUAAACAGUUAGUUACGAGUACGUAAGUUUUGCGGCUUUUUUUUUUGUCACGCGUUUUUAUGUUAAUGGUUUCAUUUAUCGUUAAUUUUGCCUUAAAAACCCGAAUAUUCAUAGACAAAUCGUGUGAUAGUGAAUAUUUUCAAUAAUAAAUAGGAUUAUUCGACUCGCCUUUCACUUAGGUCCCGGAAACAAUGUUGCCGCCCUCUCUGGGUACUCUACAUGAUAGUAUUUGUAAAAAAACAUACUUGCCUCGUUCGCGCCCGUCAAAAUGCCACUACUCUUCGGUUGGGUUGCCUACAGAUUGGUGGAUGUACAUUGCUUCAUAAUCGUUUAGAUCGCGUGUAUUGAACAAGAUCGUUGAAAUCCUGCAACUAAUGUGGUUCUAACGUGACAUUGACUAUAAGUCCCCAAACGUCUAAAGAAACCAUCUACCUCAUUCUUAUGCCUUAUUAUUAAAAAUAUUUUAAUUCGUUGCCUCAUGUGUUAUAUAUGUAGAAUUUAUAAUGCUAUACCGCAGUACAAAUGUAGAUCCAAAGGUGCGACGCACCUGAAGACCAAUUUAAAUUAAAUUAAAUUAGUUUAACUUAAAUAUAUUUAUCGUGUUUCGUAUUUA